GGGAACCGGAGGGCCAAGACUGCCAAGGUUUAUAGAUAAUAAUAAUAGUAAAUAAUACGAUAUUAUUCAACAGACUUCGGAGUGUGACUAUCGGAGUUGUUGUUGACUACCACCACGGCCACCGAAAGCGCCUACUGCCGACACUCUACGUUCCACAGCCGUUCUGUUCGUUUGUCCGGUGCUCGACCUAGACGUCGUGUUCGAAAUUCGUACACGCCAUUCCGGUCUAGUCGUCCUAGAAGUUGUGCCCACGUUACAUCAAUCAAAAUAGCCGGACCAUGGCGAAGAAGUUACUGGGACUGACCGCCGGACUCGCCAAGUCCACAGCUUUGGCUCGUAACCGAAAUUAUGCCACGGCUUCAACAAGAAUCUUGGCUAAAAAUCCCAUAGUUGAAAUGGAUGGUGAUGAAAUGACUAGAAUUAUGUGGGAAAAAAUAAAAGAAACACUCAUUUUUCCUUACAUAAAAUUAGAUUGCUUGUACUACGAUCUUGGUCUACCCAAUAGAGAUGCGACUGAUGAUCAAGUAACUAUAGAUGCUGCUGAAGCUACAUUAAAAUAUAAUGUGGGCAUUAAAUGUGCAACUAUAACACCGGACGAAGCUCGUGUUGAAGAAUUUAAAUUGAAAAAAAUGUGGCUCAGUCCUAAUGGUACAAUACGUAAUAUUCUUGGCGGAACAGUUUUUAGAGAACCAAUUAUAUGUAAAACUAUUCCUAGACUGGUGCCUGGUUGGACCAAACCUAUUGUUAUUGGCAGACAUGCGCAUGGUGAUCAAUACAAAGCUACUGAUUACUUAGUAACCAGGCCUGGCCAAUUGGAAUUAGUUUUUACUGAUCACAAAGGGCAAGUAGAAAAGCUUAAGGUGUUUGAUUUCAAAUCUCCUGGUGUUGCGAUGGCCAUGUAUAAUUUGGACGAUUCAAUAGCUUCAUUUGCUCACUCCAGUUUUCAAGUAGCUUUGUUGAAAAAAUGGCCGCUUUAUUUGUCUACAAAAAAUACCAUCCUUAAAAAAUAUGAUGGAAGAUUCAAAGACAUUUUUCAAAAUAUUUUUGAAGAGAACUACAAGUCUCAAUUUGAAGCAGCCAAUAUUUGGUAUGAACAUCGUUUGAUUGAUGACAUGGUAGCACAAGCAUUAAAAGGAGAUGGUGGUUUUGUAUGGGCAUGUAAAAAUUAUGAUGGAGAUGUCAUGUCCGAUAUUAUUGCUCAGGGAUAUGGUUCUUUGGGCCUUAUGACAUCAGUUCUCGUAUGCCCUGAUGGUAAGACAUUAGAAUCUGAAGCUGCUCAUGGAACAGUAACCAGACAUUACAGACAACACCAAGAAGGAAAACUAACAUCAACAAAUCCAAUAGCUUCAAUUUAUGCUUGGACUCGUGGUCUUAAGCACAGGGCAAAGCUUGAUAACACCCCUGAACUUGCCAAAUUUUGUGAUACAUUGGAAGAAGCUUGUGUAGGAAGUGUUGAUGCAGGCCAUAUGACUAAAGAUCUUGCAGCUUGUAUACAUGGUUUAAAAAAUGUAAAAGAAGGAAUGUACUUGAAUACUAACGAGUAUUUGGACAGCGUGAAAGAACAUUUGGACAUUAAAUUGAAACCGGAUACAAAAAAACUGUUUGCAUCAAUUGGUGCUGUUUGACAAGUCUGACCUUUCGCUGCAAUUACAGUUUAUUAUUCUAUUAUACUAAAUACAUACUUUUUAUACUUAAUAUAAUAUAUUAUAUUUGAAUAAGACUAUAUUUAUAUUUUAAUAAUUGCACUUUUAUGAUCAAUUUGCACUUAAUAAAUCAAAAUUGAAAAUUCCUAUCUUAUUUUCUGCUUUCAUUUAAUAUCGUAAUUUAUGAUACUCAACAUUGCAUUUGAAUUUUUAUAUACUAUAUUAUUGUGCUUUCCUAUAAAUAAACCUACUUGUCUUCACUUACAUAACAGAUAUAAUUUGCAAACUAUAUUUGAGAAAUAGAAAUCAAUUUUAUUACAUAAAUUAUUUAGUUAAAAUGUAUAUUUAAAUGUUUUAUUAUUGAAGUUAUAUUUACAUUUAACUACUAAAAUUUGUCAAAUAUGUUAUUGUAAAAGUAUCUUGCUUUUUUAAUUAAAUAUUCCUUCUAGUCUACUUUUUAACUACACUAGAUAAUUCAUACGUGGCAAAAAGCUCAUUCUUUGCAGUUAAGUUCAAUAGCACUUCAUUAUCUAUUCUCUAUUGCACAGUUACAUUUUUCAGAUACGAUCAAUGAAAUAAAUGCUUUAUAUUUUUGGCAUGUACUUCUAAUAUUUACCAUUGUUAUGUUAAAAUGUGUAUGCUGCUAAGUGCUAAGUGACUCAUUGUUGUUAGUUACAAUAUUCUAUUGAAGUUCUAUUUGUUACUAUUAUUAACAAUAGUUUUGGUAAUUUAUUGUAAUGCUCAAAAUUAAUUCUACUAUAAGAAAAAUAUAUUGUCAAUAUUUAUAAAUGGUGGCUAGCUUGAAUAUUACAAUAUAUAUUUUUAUAUCUACAAACCUUUGUAUAGAAUAUGUCCAAUGAUAAUUUUAUUUUUUUUUUAUAAAGAUUGUAUAGUUUGCUGACACAAACACAGCAUGUUAUAUUGAGUAAUUCACUGAGAUAGUUAUUUUUAUACCAUUGAAAUUUACUUUUUAAUUUAUAUGAAUUUUAGUCACUAUACAAUUAUUGUUUAGAUUGUUAUUUGAUGAAAAAUAUAUAUUUAUUUAUUUGUUGA